AUGAUGUAUAAUUUUGUUUUGAAGUGGACCGUGGUACUAUUCUUAAAAGAUUCCUCUAUUUCAACUGUGCCAUCAAAAUGGUUAUCAAGCCUAACAGGUGAAAACAAGGAGCUGGAAUGUUUUUGGCCUAAUAAAAAAAUUCGGCAACAUAUCCAAAAUGCCUCGGAUGCCAAUGAGGAAUGGCAAAAAUUCAAAGUCAAGAUACUCCAUGAGACAGAUGACUAUGAUGCUGCUAAAGAUUUCGAAAAGUCUUGUAGUGGUGGAGAAUCUUCUGAUUCCACUGAUAAUAUUUUGACUGGCUCAAGGAAACGCAAAUGCGUGAAGAAUACCGAUUUUAUAUCGGGUGAUAUAUCAUCAGAUGAAGAUGAUUGCUACUUAUCACCUUUACCAAAGGUACCUAAGAAUAUAGAAACUCUUACUACAAAUGAAAUUAGGAGCCAUCAAGAUUCUCUUCAAAAUAGUGAAGCAAUAGAAGAUGUUAGUGAUGCUUCCACUUCAAGUACACUAUCUUUAGAUGGGGAAACACUAGAGCUGGACAAAAUCAUCAUGCCUCCUCCUUCCAGCACAAGAGUUUUCAGAAAACACCUUCAGACUGAUGAUAAUAAUGGAACUGAUGAUUGUUGCUGUGUUCACAUUAAGAGGUUGAAUGAACAUGUGGUUAUAUUGAGGACACUCUUGGAUCAGCAUACUAAUAGUUUAGCCAACAUUAUUUCUCUACCAGCAGCAGUGUCAGCAUCAACGAACAUCAAUUCAUUUGAAACAAUUCCUCAGAAUGCUUUCAAGAAGCAUAAACAGUUAAUCAAGUAUGAAAAAACUCUUGAAAAUUCGGAGACAGCUAGGAAGCAGUUGGAAACUCUGUUUUUCAUUGGUGGAGGCAUUUGUUCCAAUGACAUCAUCAAAAGAGGCCUGAUGAGAAUUUUCUCCAAUAAACUGGCAAAAAAGUUUUCUUGGUUUGGCAGGAAAAAUAACUAUCCCCUGAAUAAUCUGAUAGUAAUAUCAACCCUAAAAGAUGCUGCACGAAAGCGAUUUCCUCACUUAUCAGAUAGUGAGUUUGAGAAACACACAGCAGCCUGGUUUCGACAGGCAGCACUAAGGUUCAAAAGGGAAACGAACAAUGAUGACAUCCCACCUACAUCCAUCUGA